AAACCCGUUUUUUUUAUUAUCCUUACUCGCCUGUUGGGACGCAUGUGCUCCUUUGCAUGAGUUGUUGUUUCUCAUAUAGGUAGCUAAUGCCAAGUUGUUAAAAACAAACAACGUUUAGAGGUCACAACUUGCUCCCCGGCUGUACUAGCACCGUUAGCUGGCUAGCUGCUAACUCUAGCGAACCAAUAUUUAAUACAGAAAAUAAUGUCACUAAAAUACGUGAAGACAGUAUUAUUGAUUUUAGGCUGUGGUUGCUGUUUUGCUAGGAAUUCAAAGUAAUGACAAGCUCGUUAAAGUUAUUGCUAACGUUAUGUUGUUGGUGUUAGGUGUCUCAGAGAUCUCGUCUUUGUUUACGUUCACAUUUUAGGUUUGUUUUUUUGCAGUUUUAUCUGUAUGCAGGUAUCUUAACCCCCCACUUCUAAACGGCCAAGUCACCGAGUCUAAUGCUAAAAUAAUCGACAUUCUUGGAAACACCCAGACGGUUGUAAAACAACCUGUUCUCCUGGUAUUUCCAGAAUGCUUAAAGCCUUUGGACAUAUUUGUGGCGGUCCUAUGUCGACCCACAGUCAUGUUUUGAAUGUCAACACUAAGAAGUUACACGUUAAACAGCUGACAGUUCAUAAAUGAAAGCAGUAAACUCAGGUCUGCAGUGACAGGACAACCAGAGGGAAUGGAUGGAUUUCCUGUGAAAGUUACAGAGGCGGUGUGUCUUGGGGCCAGCCUUACCCUAUCAGGCCUCUUCUACUAUCUCUAUAAAAAGACCCGGACGACAGUACAUAAACUUGAUGAUGCUCCACACUUCACCAUAGACGGCAAACUCAAAGACAUUUUGAAAGUUACUCCAGGAGCAUGUCUACAGUAUGCUGUCAUCGAAGGUGCUGUGCAACCAGCGGGCGAGCCUCUGAUGAGUCACUUUCAAAAAGAAGUUGUCGGAGUGUUGCAGAAAUUCAUGUUGAAAGAACACAGGCUGGUGUGGAACAGCCUUUCACGCUCUUGGACGGACAGUGAACGAGUCAUGCACCAAAGAGUGAAUGCAGUGCCCUUUGUGUUAGUGGGAUCAGAUGAGACCACAGUGAAAGUCCUGUGCCCACUGCAGGCCUCCGGAGAACACAUGGAGAUCACCCACGAGAAGUUCCACCAGGUCAAUUAUGGCUUGGGUGACAUCGUAGGACAAUACCUGAGUGGGGAGAAGCUUAAAGGGCAACUGGAGACCGAGGAAAUGCUCAAAGUGGGCACAGCUCUUACAGGCGUCGGUGAGUUGAUACUGGACACAGACGGCACCCUGUGUCUUCGACCGCCUUCUAAUGGUUCACAGUACUUCUUGAGCAGUGCGGACUUUGACACCCUGCGAGGAGAGCAAGAGAGCACGGCUGUUUGUUGGAAGGUGCUGGCCAUUGCCUCUGCAGUGGUGGGGGCAGCGGUCCUCCUCUGGGUCGGUCGACGGUACUACUACCGACUAAAAGUUCGCUGGGAGCAGGAGCAGGAGAGGAGAGAAUUCGAGAGACUCCAAGAUGAAACCCCAAGAACGCGCACUUCAGUAAUGGGCUCUGAGGCCUCUGAGGACGGGGUCGAGGAGAACGUAGAGAAUGCCUGUGUUAUUUGCCUCUAUCGGCCACGUAACUGUAUUCUGUUGGACUGUGGACAUGUGUGCUGCUGCCACAGCUGCUACCAGGCCCUUCCACACCGCCGGUGCCCCAUAUGUAGACAGCAGAUCAGCAGAGUGGUCCCUCUCUACCAUGUCUGAAGCACCUGUGUGACCGUAUGACCUCAGUGGAACUUAAUCACCAUACAAACUGCACCAGCUUUAUACCUCACAGGUCUAAGCUGCUGCACAACGGUAACACUUUGAUAAUCAUGUUACUGUAAAGAAUAAAGACGUUUUUUGAAGGACAUACUGUAUGUAUUAAUAAAAUGUUAAUUUAAGUAAAGUGUGCACAUGCUCUGUUCACUACAGAGUUUCAGUGAGGUCAUUUUAGUUUAGUUGUACAUAGGAAUACCAGAAAAUUAAGAAAUUGGAAAAAAGGGUAAACUUAUGCAAUAGAAAUGUUUAUUUUCCUACAUGUUUGUUCUGUGCCUUAAUUUGGUAAUUUAUAUGGCUGCUGCUAAGAGUGAUUGUAGUGUUUGAAUCUGAAUAAUUUAAGUCUGGUCAUAAGGAGCUAACUUUUUGUUUCAACCACUUUCAGUUACAUAUCACAUGAGUCACUGGAGGUUAGUGAAAUAAAGAUACAUUUAGUGCCAAGAUGAAGCUUCAGUGUGGAAUUAAUGCACUAGAGACCGGUGAGUGUGUAUAAUGUUUGUUAAAAAAGUAAAUAAAGCUUUUGAGCCAUU